AUGAUGAGCGACGACUGUCUCGAAGACGACGAGGUUUGAUUUUGCACUUUUUCCAGUAAUUUUCCGCUUUUUUCUGUGACAUUUGGCUGAAAAUCCGCUGGAAAUUAGCUGGUGGGCUAGAAAAAUAGUGGUGGCCGAGUUUUUUGGCAUUUCUCUUCCACUCGUUUUUAAAUCGCAUCUCUCUGAAAUUUGACCGAUUUUCAACAGAUUUUCAGCCAAAGUUGCUGAAAAACACGUGAUUUCACUGGUUUGGGUGAGUUAUUUGCUUUGAAAUGUGUCAAAAAUGUGUGAAAUUGACUAAAAAAUGCACAAUCUCGAAAAUAAUCUAAAGUAUGUCAAAAAAUGCAAAUUCCCGCUCAGAGACGUCGAAAUUGAUCCGUAAAUAGUUUGUAAUAAAUAAUCUUGAUUUAAAACAAAAACUUCCUAAAGUUUCAUCAUCUUUCGUCCAAAAAUCGCGAAACUUUCAUAGAAACGCACUUCUUUUAUUCCGACCUUUCGUCCAUUCAUUCCGUCCCAUUUCCUGCCCGAAUGUCCCAUAAACGGCCUCCGAAUUCAAGUGUUUUACUAGAAAAAAAUGUUAUGUCUCAUCAUAAAAUAGUGACGGUAUUGUCGGGUAACAGACAUUUUAUAUUUGCCGAAGUUUGCAUAUUUUUCAAUGGUGGUCAAUUAACCGCCCGUUGACCUGGACUUUUGACCCACUUGCAAUGUGCCGAUCGGUCCCAAACUUUGCAGACUUCUUGGACUUGAAUUGAAGUAUACUGAGUCCAAGUUUCAGCCUGAUCGAAUUGUUUACUGUCGAGAUACAGAGCUUGAGGGCCGAUUAGUCCAGGACAAGGACCGGCCACUUUAAAAAAGCGCGUUAAAAAGUGUGAGAAACUAUGCUUUUCAAACAAAAAUCCCUAAAAAAUGCCUAGUCACCAAUAGCUAGCAGCUUUUCUCCAGUGGUGAAGGAUGAAUAAUGGUCAGUUCGUGUUCGGAAUUCGCGUGCAAUCUCAGGGACAUUUCCCCCAAUUGUCGGAGGGGGGCUGCAUAGCCACAAUGUAUUUGAAACGGACGGAGAGACACACAGCUGUCACCUUCUUCUUUUACCAGACAGACAGCGAGAGAGAGAGAGAAAGAGAGAAAGAAAGAGAGAGAGAGACAAAUGACCUGCCGGAGCACUCGGCUUUUUGUACACUUUUUGCUGAAUGGUCACUUUUCCGAGCGUUUUUUUUUCUAUAAUUUUCUUGCCUUUGACCGAAAAGCCCGGGCUUUCGGCCAAGGGGACCGGAUAAUCCGAUCGAGCUGAAACAUGGAAACAUGGCAUGGAGCAGGGGUGUGCGGAAAAUAUUUCGAUUUUCCGAAAUUUUCCGAUUUUCGGCAAAAUUUUCGGAAAAUUAGUGUGGAUUCAAGGUCAAUUUGUCCGAAACCACCGUAUGCUUUUUAAAGGAAAAAAAAAUUCACAGCUUCCACGGAAAAUUUUUCUGUACUCCCGCAACGACUGCAGAAACGGAGCGACUCUUUUUAACCGCGCGUCUCAUUCUCACUGACAAUCGGAAAACACUGGACCCGGAGAGCUUCUCUCGGCUAAUUUUUUUGCAAAAAAAUAUUCCAUUGCUUGGCUUCCGCCCACUCAAGUGAUUUCAAAUCAUAAUAAGCAUUUUUUUGUAUUAGAACGUUGUUUAAACACUUUAUUGAACCAAUGAACAAGUGAGUUCCGAUUUUUCCGAUUUUUCCGAAAUUUUCCGAAAAAAAAAAUUCGGAAAACCCGAUUUUCCGAAAUUUUCCGAAAAAAAAAAUUCGGAAAACCCGAUUUUCCGAAAUUUUCCGAAAAAAAAAAUUCGGAAAAACCGAUUUUCCGAAAUUUUCCGAAAAAAAUUUUCCGCACACCCCUGGUAUGGAGGAUACUUUUGGACGGUUUAUUUGACACAUUGAACAUGUAUUAAACAUAACAUGUAAAUUGAAGAGUAAAUUGCAUCACUGGAAGACACGUCGGGAGUACUUAGAAACGAAGCGGUUUAUCUAGUUUCUUAAAAUCGUAUAUUUUUCCGUGCAACAGUGUUCCCUUUAUGAUCUCUCGUAUUUCUUUUUAGCCGUCAAAAUUUUGCAAUGUGAAAAAAGCGGGAAACGCGUGAAAACUCUUGUGAAGAAGCGUCGAAAUGACUUUUUGAGCCGUCUAUAUGUUUUUUUUUGCCCACUUUUCGAGCGCUGUCGUGUUUAUUUGUAUUUUUGGAAUUAAACAAAUAUAAACGGCGAGAGGAGCUUUCCGUGAAGAGCACCGUCCACACACGUUUCCAAUUUAUUCUCUGCGCUUGCUGGUUUUUAGGCCCUCCGGGAAUUUUCUGAGCUGUUUUUCAAAUUUUUCUGCAUAGAACAUUCCAGAAAGCAUAUAAUAUAAAUGUGCGUGCCUUUUUUCUGCUGACCAUCACACAAUUUCGCAAUUUCGAUUUUUUUUUACAACAACGACGAUAGGGGGAAACAAUAGGAGACGCGAUGAAUCAAUCGGCUCUUUUCCAAUGCGUUUUUCUAAAAAAAAAGUUACAGUUACUAGCAGACAUUGUACUCUUAUAAGAAACACCUGGUUCCAACACCAGUUCGUGACACCAGAUGGCUGAUUUUUGAUGAAUUCUUCUAGAAGAUUUUACUGUUUCGAAAUUUGAAAGCCACUUUUCGCGGUUUCAAACAUUUUAUUGCAAAGAACUUUUAUCUUCAAAAUCACUCUUUGUGUUUCGCUUACUAUAACAUAAAAAAAUACAACAGUUUUGCACUGUUGUCAGUGCAAAAUUGAUAAGAAUUCAGCAUUUUAUCGUUAUAUAUAUAUAUAUAUAUAUAUAUAGAGACAGACAGAGUAUGAUUUAAAGCGGGAAUUCCCCCAUUUUUCUUUCGUUGAAUUCUCGGUGUUUUCCACUACAAUUGCCCAUUUUUGCAGCACUCUGCUUGCCAGGACGUCGAUGAAAUCGCCAUUUACGUGCCCGAAUUUGCUGUAUAUCGAGAGGUAUUGAAAAAAGCUAAAAAAUUACAGAAAAAUUAGAGAAAAACGACGUUUUCUUCCAGGUAAACAUCGACGCCGCCAUUUCUCUAUGCCCCGCACCGACACCGGCUAGAAGAGAAUCGUAGGUCCAAAAAAUGUUGUUGAAACUGAAAUUUGUGUCCUUUUAGAACAUUUUUUGAUGUUCUGAAUCCGGGAAGAAACCCCUCAAUUAUCGAAAUUUAUGUCUAGUUUUAUUCCGUCAACAAAUUUCUCAUUUUAGGCCUCAAUUUCCCGUCAUUUUUUUUAAAUAAAUAAUGUGAUAAGGAAUCGGGCCCAAACUUUGCAAGCUCCUUGGACUUGGAUUGAAGUAUGUUGGGUCCAAGUUUCAGACCAAUCGGAUCAUCCGGUCCCGAGGUAUACUGAAUUGAAGCCGGAAGGCCGAUUUUUGACGAGAAGCUUGGGCUUUCGGCCUCUGAUCCACAUAUCUCGGGACCGGAUAAUCGGAUCGGUCUGAAACUCGGGCCCAACAUACUUCAAUCCAAGGCCAAAAAGCCUGCAAAGUGUCGGUCCGAUCUGAUUUGCCCAGCUCUGAUUUUCCUUUUAAAGCUUCAUUUUUCAGACCGAAUCGAAGUGCGGAGAUGCGUCGCCGAUUCGAAAAACAUCGUCGCGAGAAAAAAGAGGAGAAAAAGCUGUUGGAAGAGGAGGAGGAGAAGGAGUCCGACGAGGUUUUCGAGCCUCACCAUGGUCUCCAGGUUUGCGAUUAUUUUAUUUGACAUUUUUUGGUGAGAAAUUUGGAAAUUCACGGUGAAAGAGUGGAUGUUUGGCAUUAAUCAUUUCCGCAACCGGCGUAUAACACUUGCAGUGUGCGUUAAAGCUGCUGUAAAACGUGUGAGUUGCGAAAAUGGUGAUAGCCGAAAAAAGCCAGUUUUUUUUGGCCGUCACAAAUCAGUGACAAAACAGAAAUGGAGACCAAACAAACGUGUGAUAGCCAAAUGAUGUCGGUCGCGCAUUCCUGUUGAUUUUUCGCAUUAAUCGCCCACCGCGCACCGACGGAUUACUGUACUUUUCCUGGUUUUCGCCGCCUUCCGAUGAACACCUUAUUGCCAUUUUGCUCUCGAUUUUUGUGCCCCGGCCAAAAAUUGUCAACUCGAAAAAGGCCCCGUUCUCUUGUCUUUUCUCUCGAACGAAAUUGUUUGAACGAUGCCGCACCCGAAAAUGAUGGCAAGACGACGAAGAUUGAGAUUAGAAUGGAGAAAUGUGAGCACUUGUCGAUUUACUUUAUUGCUUCACUCUUUUAGAUUCAUUCGGAUCGAAUGUCGUUGAGUCUGUGUCGAUCCGCCAAAACAUGGCAAAAUGCGCACAGCUGGACGGUAUAUGAAUCAUUUCGAAACGAUCGAAUCAACACAGACUCAACGACAAUCGGUUUUGCGCCAAUGCGUAAAAGGCUCGCUGCACGCGCAUGUCUACUCGCUCGGCCGCCGAGUGGUAAAACGCGCUGUCGCAGGUUCGGUUUUGCUCUGUGCGUUUUUUUUGCUGCGCUCAACGGACAUCCAAGAAGACAGACCUGUUCAAUCUCAAAAUCAGUUCGCUAUCCCACUUGUCUCGCUGGGUUCAUGGAGGAAGUUGUCCGGACGCCACGUUCCAUUUGUCCGACGUUCAUUCAAUUUUUUCUGCCACGUGGAAGUCGUUGUUGAUUGACUCAACUCACAAGUGAUGGCUAUUAUAGGGACACCGCACAGAAAUGACGCUCUGUUGAGAAACUCUUUUUGCAGUGCAAAUUGAGCGACCUCGGGGCCGAGUUUGAAAAUUUAGGCCACGUUUUCAGUGGAAAAUUACUUCGCGGCCUAGAAAUUCUGCCAGAUUGCGAACAGCGCGCCCUUUCUGUCCGGUGUACCUAUAAUACGUUCCCUCCAGGCCAUGGUUGCUGGCAACGGAUUUUCCGGGAAUGAAAUCGAAAUCAAACGACUAUAAAAACAUCCAGACAUUCUCCGAAAAUCUCGAGUUUCAUAAAGUAAACGUUUUCUCUCUAAAAGUCGAAACAUCCAAAGAUCAAAAUUUUUACACUUUUUUUGCGACGGAACACCUGCUCGGGCUCCCACGGAAGCAUUUUCUAUUUGCCGUCCCAUUUUUGUGUGAAAUCAAGAUGCCAAACGGACAAAUAUUUGAGUAAAUUGGCGUUAAUCGCCAAUUUACUGAAAUUGGACGCGGUCGUAAAUUGUUGUGUUCGAUUUGUAGUCUGCAUUUCUUGUUUGACUUUGACCCCGCCGCCGAAUGUUGACGGUUUGCACGUCAUUUUAGUGCCAAAUUGUGCCCAGAUAACACUGUUUUCACCGCCGGCAAACCCGAAAAUUCUCCUGUAAAUUUGGACAAUUAUUUGAUGGUCGCCUUUCAGUUUUCUGAACGUUUUAUCCAUGUGAUAAGGUAUUUUUUGGGGAAAUUAUUAAUUGAAAAUUUAUUGUCAUAAAAUGAAUGUGCAGUCGACUAAACAUAAUUUUGCAUUUUUCAGAUGCGAACAUUCGAGCCGAAACCGUCGUCACUCGUCCGAAACGACGACACAAUUCCCGGUCUACUGCCACGCGCAGCACCCGUGAAAAAGACGAGAAAGCAUCGGAGACGCAGAAGUGGUACGCAUAUUUCCAGAGAUUCCCAUGGCCUAGCGGUUUUCUCGGCCACGGCCAUAACUUUAAAUUUCUGAGAGUUCGGACUCGGACAGAGAAUGUGGCAAUAAAAGGCAAUGCCGGCCAAUAGUUUGCCACUUUUUAAAACAUAUGUAAUUGAAGGAGCAGAAGGAGGUUUUUAACGGAAAAUGGAAAAUGUGAUAAAUUAUUGGCAAGGAAGCAGGGCUGGGCAAUUGGCCGGCCCGGGCUUUUCGUUUUGAACCACUUGCAAUUCUCCGAUCGGACCCAAACUUGGCAGGCUUCUUGGACAUGGGUUGAAGCAUAUUGGGACCAAGUUUCAGCCCGAUCGGAUUAUUUGGUCCCGAGAAAUCUGGAUCACUGGCCGAAAUUGGCCCGGGCUUUUUGGAAAAAAUCGGCCAAUGAUCCACAUAUCUCGGGACCCGACGAUCCGAUCGGGCUGAAACUUGGACCUAAUGGCCCUCAAUCCAAGUCCAACAAUGCUGCAAAGUUUAAGUCCGAUCGGAAUAUUGCAAGUGGUUCAAAAGUCCAGGUCAAGGCCCGGCCAAUUUCCAAGCCCUGCAAGGAAGGCUUCCUGGCCCUUUAAUCAACGAGUGUGCUAUCAUAAUCAUCAUACGGGUGGGAGAAGGAAUAAUUAUUCUAGAAUGACCACAGGUCAAGUAGAAUACACAAUACUAGGCAAAAUACCGCAAAAAACUAGGCGCACUCGGUUCCACAGGGCCAGGAAGGUCAGGAUGACGGGCAGAGCAGCCAGGUUCAGGCGAACAAAGUUUUUAUAAAGGUUCACUCUUGUUACAGGCAGCUUCACCGGAGGAGUGUAUCCGCGGAAGGGACACCGUAACCGAAGCCUCCUCGGACACGCAAUACCGCCGCCGAAUGUGCACUCGGCCGACUGGAGGGACAUGUUGGCCAUCACCGACACGAAGGACGACAAACUCAUGAAGACGGUCAGUUUUUUUUUUGAGCAGACUUGGGUGCCAAUGAGAUAUUUUACGAUUGUUUUGAGAAAAAAUGCAUCGUAGACACUUUUCUGGGUGUUUAAAUGAAAGAAUGGUAAAUUUGGGCCGAAUAAAGACGAUUCUAGAUGCGUGCGAUCGAAGAAGCACUUGCAAAACAGAAAGAGGCUGAAAAAUUGCUUGCCAAGCAGAGAAAGGUGAUUUUGUGAAAUGAGCACUCUCACGUACGUGUACCAGUGAUUCGUGAACUGUUUUGUACUUUUAUUAGACCUCACCUCCUAUUUUAGACGCUUUUCGUGCUCUUCUUCCCCUUGGUUUUCACGAGAUUAUCGUUCUUAGGUUUCUAAUCUUUAAUUUGGACAUUUGACCCACUUGUAAUCAUCCGAUCGGACCCAGACUUUGCAGGCUUCUUGAACUUGGAUUGAAGUAUGUUGGGACAAAGUUUCAGCCCAAUCGGAUUAUCCGGUCCCGAGAAAUGUGGAUCUAAGCCCGGGCUUUCGGCCAAAUUCGGCCCUCAAGCACUAUAUCAACAGUAAACAAUCCUAUCGGGCGCUGAAAUUUGGUCCCAACAUCCCUCAAUCCAAGUUCAAGAAGCCUGCAGAGUUGGGGUACGAUCGGAUUAUGGCAAGUAAGCCAAACGGAACAGUUUCCACCCUGUCUCUUGUUGGGAACCCCCCAUUUCUAUUUUCUCCGUCCUUAUUUUCCCCGUUCGCUUUUGAUUUGAUAAUAUUUGUCGAAUAGCUCACCACAGUCGAAAACGGAAGAAGAAUCGCUUCGAUUUGUUGAUUCAGCGUGAGCCGAGACCUCUGAUUAACACUGAUUACUUUCCGAAGAAAACGGAGAAGAGCCGCCGAUUCUCUCUAGCUUUCCGUAAAUAUAUUGAAAGUGUGAAUAUUUGCCGGUUUUUCCGAUGAAAUUCACAAAGGUGAGCUUUCCCUCAAUUUUGCUGCUUACAAAUUGUCUUCCUGAUCUUUCGGUACAGUAAAUUUCGGUGUCAAAACAUGUUUUUGGUCAUAUCGAGGCUAGGGAUUAUUACGGAUAUUACUCAUCCACUUUUUUUUGGCUUGUAACUGAACUUUGAGGUCAUUUUGUGAACUGACAAUGAAAAAUCCGCAUAUCUCGGGACCAGAUGAUCCGAUCGGUCUGAAAUUGGACCCAACAUACUUCAAUCCAAGCCCAAAAAGCCUGCAAAGUUUGGGCCCGAUCGGGUCAAAAAUCCAGGCCUUAAAAAGCCUUUGAUUUGCCCAGCCCUGGUCGCAUCGAAAAAGUGUUCGAGAUCGAACUUCGUUUUCACCUCUUCCAAGAAAAAAGAUAGGCAUCUAACAGGUACACACACACACACGUUUCUGGUCAUUUUCAAAGAAAAGCGGCGAGAAGGUGUGAAAGUGUAAUGAAAACGAGAAGAACGAGACGAUGACGCCUUUUUAGGGGAAUAGUAGGCUGACCAUGAGAUUACCAUCUCAAACAGUCGACACACACAACUUUUCUGUAAUUUUUUUUUUGAGAUUAUUAAUGGAUUGUGUGAUGUGUUUUGGAUAUUGUUGAUUUGCUUGGCAUUUGAUUGGGGGGUCAGGCUUGUCUAGACCAUUUUCCUCAAAUUUCUUCUGGUCAUGGCCGCUGAACGAUCCGAUUUGGAAAAAGAUUAGGGUUGGAAGAGGAAGAAGUUUCUCUCUCUCUCUCUCUCUCUCUCUCUCUCUCUCUUUCUGUUUGAAGUUUGUACCUGUUUUCUCUCGAAAGAUUUACGACAAUGGCCGGGGGUUUAGUGACGGUUCGAGGCGGUUGGGGCCAAGGAUUCGGUUAGUUCUUUUUUUUCCAGUUGGAAGCGCUUUCUUUUUGAACUUUUUGGAAGGUUCUAGGGAUUUUUUUGUGAAUUCCGAACAAAAUUAUUCUUAAAGUAACGAAAAGUAGGCUCUGAACGUUGUUGAACUAUUUUUGAAACCGGAAAUCUUGAAAACAUUGGAAAAAAACGUUUCGGUUUCAAUUCAAUACUUCAAAAACUAGAGACUACCUUCGUGGCUGCUUAUACCCUCGAAUUGGCCGGAAUUCCUUUAGAAUUCGUCAUCCGAUUAAAUGUCUUCGGUUUUUGGUUGAUGAUACCGAAUUCUGUGUGUUCACUCAAUUCCCAUUCGGUUCCUCGCUUUCCCCAGCCAGUACAGUAGAUUUUUAUAAGACUGUAAAUGUGUUCGAGAAAACCAGCUCAAAGAUCGAAAAACUCGAGUGUCGAUUUUUGAGGGGGGAAAAUGAUGUUAUCUUCACUCAUUUCCUUCUUUUUCAAUGUGUUUUUGAGGAGGAACUACCUGUUCCCAUCUAGAGGCUACUGUAGUUUCCAAAACAUAUUUCAAAUAGAAAAAUCGAUACUAAGUAUAUGCGCAAUUGGUCUGGACUUUUGAGCCACUUGCAAUAUUCCGAUCGGACCCAAAGUUUGCAGGCCUCGUGCACAUGGAUUGAAGUAUAUUGGGUCCGAGUUUCAGACCGAUUGGAUUAUUUACUGUCGAGAUAUGUCGAUCAGUGCCCAAAAGCGGCCCUCAAGCACUAGAUCUCGACAGUAAAUGAUCCGAUCGUUCUGAAACUUGGUCCCAGUGUACCUGAAUCCAAGUCGGACAAUCCUGCAAAGUUUGGGUCCGAUCUUAAUAUUGCAAGUGGCUCAAAAGUCUAGGCUAAAGGCCGGCCAAUUGCUCAGCCCCAAAUUCCGUCGCCCUUCCAAUUUUCGUUCCACUUUGGGCAAAUCAUCAGCUCAAGGUUGUGAUGUUUCCAUUUUUUUGAUUGAAAAAUCACAAUGUUCACUGUAAACCACGCGGUCCCCUCUCUUCCUCUGUCUUCCGCGAUAAAUGAAGGGAACGGUGAGAUAGGAAUCUUUGAAAAUUCGCCGAAUUUCUCGAAAAUCUCCAAUUUUUGUAUAGUGUCUCGUGACUCGGCAAAAUGUUCGGUUCCUUUUUCUGUUGUUGUUUUUUUGGCGCGAAAAAUAUUCUCGAUGCUGAUCUUUUUGUAAUGAGAUUCUCAAUUGAGAAGGAACACGAGAGAGCGUUCCCUCAUUGAACAGACUCUUAUCUUAAAAAUGUGGGCCAACUCGUUUUUAUCACUCUAAAUAUAUAUUAUUUUUGACACCUCCCCGUCCGUCCAAACACAAAAAUAGUGCAAAUUUAUUUUUUUUUUUGCUUACUUUUAGGCUCAUCAGGUGAUAGAGAAAUGAUAUUUUCCCCUCCAAAAAUGUGUGUGUGUGUGUGUGUUUGGUUUUGACACCGAUUAUUUGAGCAAAUAAUAAAGCUGCUGGCUGGGGGGGGAAGAAGCAUAUCUUUUGAAUUUCUGUUUGAUAAACUGAUACUACCUCUAUAUAUAUUCAUCCUAAUUGUUUUUUGGACAGGCGCCUUCCGUCCAACUAGAAAAGCAUUGAACUGUUUUUUAAUUAGCUCCCACUGAUGUACUAUUGUUAUCGACGACACAGACCACAAGAGUAUGAGGAAAAUGUGUGGAGUACGGUGGAGAGCGAAAAUGUAGGCCGAGGGUAACAAACUUGAUUUUUUCGCUUCUCAGCUAGCCGACUAACAAUAUAAGAUUUAUGAGAACAUUCAGGAAAUUCGUUAAGAUCGUUAAAACGUAUUUACAGCUGGGCGUGACUCGUUACCUGCAAUCGAAAGGAGAGCCUGGCGCCAUCGUCUCCGGCACAGAUGGCAUUCCGGGCGGUCCGUCCGUUCCGAACACUUCCUCCGUGGCGGCGGCGACGGCGACGGCGACGGCGAUUCCGAACCAACUGACACUUUCGCCGAACGGACUGCCCGCCGGCGAGACGGGAACGGCGGCGAUGACGGCGAACAGCGGGCAGUUGGUGCUGCCGACGCCCCUCUUCAGCCAGAUGCGCUUCACCGACUCUAAUAUGGUGCGUCUUUGUCCUAUUUGAGAGUUUAUUCUAUUUAAUCACACACGUUUUACUAUGAAAUGCUCGUAGCGCUCGAAAUUUGGAUUUUUCUUGUAACCGAAUUUUUUUUUUUUUGGAUUCUUGGCUAUUUUUGUCGAAAUUGUUCUCUCCAGAGCUUCCAAUAUGCGCGUGGCCUCCACGAGAAGAGGCAUUUCCAUGAAUUUAUGAUUAAAAAAAUGAUAAUUUGACAUAAAAACACAAUCAUUCUCGAUACUUUCAAGUAGAUUUUUUUAGAUUGAAAAAUUGAUCUUUAAAAUGUGUCUAGAAACCGGAAAAAUGUUGCAGUCGCUGAACCGUCACAACUGGAUCAAAGAGACGUUCACUCGUCGCGAGUGCUCGCGCUUCAUCGCCUCCUCGCGAGAUUUGCAGAAGUGCGGAUGCGGUCGGACGAGGGAUUCGCACCGAAAUAUUCCCGAUUUGACAUCGGAAUUCCUUCGGCAGAAACGAUCGGUGGCCGCUUUGGAGCAGCAGAGAUCCGUGAGCAAUGCCAACGCGGACGACACGCACCUUCACCCCAUCUACACGGUACUUUUGGCACAAAUUUCGAAGACUCUCACCAUUUUCGCAACCAAUUCCGCAACCGGUGUAUAGCACCAACAUUGUGCGUUAAAAGUAUAGUGAAUUCAAAGUAUUUGAUGUGCUAGCUGCUCUAGACAUCUCUAAAUCGACUGUUCCAUCAAAAUGGACCGGAAUCUUCACGAAAAUACAUAGUAAUAGAUGUGCUUGAUUUUGGAAGAGACAGCGUCAGAAAGCGUCAUGAAAACAAGGUUUCGCGAAAGAAAAUGGCCGGUUGCGAAACGUAGGAGUUUCGAGAAUGGUGAGAGCCUUUUCAUUUCAUUUGAAAAUGUUACCGCUUCAGUUUGUAUCAACAGAAAACCGCAAAAGUUUGUGCGUUGGUUUUCAUUUCGAAAUGUUCAAUUUCAGAAACGAGGUCCGAACGAGAAAUGGAGUCUGCGCAGACAUACAGUAUCGCUGGCCACGAACGCAUUCGGACAAGUCGAAUUUCAAGGUAAACUAUUACAAUCUCUCCCCUCGCGUCUGCGUCUCUGCCCUCUCACACGCUAACCGCCCCUCUCUCGCUGAAUUGUUUCAAUUUUCCCCGCAUUUUUUCAGGCGGUCCCCAUCCGUACAAAGCGCAGUACGUUCGUCUCAAUUUCGACACCGAACCCGCGUACAUUAUGUCGCUUUUCGAGCACGUCUGGCAAAUUGCUCCGCCGCGGCUCAUCAUCACCGUGCACGGAGGAACCAGCAAUUUUGAGUGGGUCUUCUUGAUCAAUUGUGAGCAGAGAAAGUGUUUUUUACCGUAUCCGAAAAUUGUGUUGGAAAAGUUGGCACAAAAAUUUAACAAGUGCAAUUGAUCGCUCGGUAGAUCACGUUUGUUGCAAAGUGUCGCGGUUUCGAAACGUCGGGGAGCCCACAAAAUGCACUUUUUCUGUGAAAUCGUUUUUUCUUUCGACUAUAUUUAUAACAAAGUGAACGGGAGUGAGCAAUAUCCAUUCCCGACAAAAGUAUAUAUUUUUGAUUGAAACAGAAAAAAAACAGACAAAGUUUAGUCUGCAACCGAAGCUGGCGCGUGUCUUCCGAAAAGGACUUCUGAAGGCGGCGUCGACGACGGGCGCGUGGAUCAUCACUUCCGGCUGCGAUACGGGCGUGGUGCGUCACGUGGCGGCCGCACUCGAAGGCGCCGGAUCCGCGCAACGGAACAAGAUUGUGUGCAUCGGAAUUGCGCCGUGGGGACUGCUCAAGAAGCGCGAAGAGUUCAUCGGACAGGACAAAACGGUGCCCUACUACCCGAGCACUUCGAAGGGACGCUUCACGGGCCUCAACAAUCGACACUCGUACUUUUUGCUCGUCGAUAAUGGCACUGUUGGAAGGUGAGCAACUUUCGGAAAUUCAUUUAUCGAUUUAUUUUGUUGCAGAUACGGCGCCGAAGUGAUUCUCCGAAAACGGCUCGAAAUGUACAUUUCACAAAAGCAAAAAAUAUUCGGCGGAACGCGGAGUGUCCCAGUCGUUUGUGUGGUGCUCGAGGGCGGCUCCUGCACGAUCCGAUCGGUUUUGGAUUACGUGACCAACGUGCCACGUGUCCCCGUCGUCGUGUGUGACGGAAGUGGUCGGGCGGCCGAUCUGCUCGCGUUCGCGCAUCAGAACGUCACCGAGAAUGGGUAUGUGCAAAAAUUUCCUAGUGAUCCUAGCGGCUCCAUUUCUACGAGUACUGUAGUUUGUGAAAGUUUGCACACGAGCUACAGAGGUGUCACGGAAAAAGAGCAUAUUUUUUUUGGAAUUGCAGCCUAUUCCCGGACGACAUUCGGCAUCAAGUGCUCGACCUCGUGGAGACGACGUUCGGAUGCUCGGAGGCGGCCGCGCAUCGGCUGCUGCACGAACUGAUCGUGUGCGCGCAACACAAGAAUCUGCUGACCAUCUUCCGGCUCGGCGAGAAGGGCGAACACGACGUGGACCACGCGAUCCUGACCGCCCUUCUCAAAGGACAAAACCUGUCGGCGGCCGAUCAGUUGGCGCUCGCGCUCGCCUGGAACCGUGUCGACAUUGCCAGAUCCGACGUGUUCGCCAUGGGACAUGUGAGUGGGCACCCUUUUUUUUUUUUGGCUCAAAAAUUAUGGAGGAGAAUCAUUCCAAAAGCAAGCACCCAUUUUUUUCCCAGGAAUGGCAACAAACGGCGCUGCACAACGCGAUGAUGGAGGCGCUGAUCCACGACCGCGUCGAUUUUGUGCGUCUUCUGCUGGAGCAGGGAAUAAAUAUGCAGAAAUUCCUGACAAUCUCCCGGUUGGACGAGCUCUACAAUACGGACAAGGGACCGCCGAACACUCUUUUCUAUAUUAUCCGAGACGUCGUCCGAGUCAGGCCCGGAUAUCGAUUCAAGUAAAAUGUGUAAAAUUUGAAUGUUCAACACUACGCAUUCAGACUUCCGGACAUUGGACUCGUCAUCGAAAAGCUGAUGGGCAACUCGUACAAGUGUUCGUACACGUCGCCAGAGUUUCGCGACAAGUACAAACAGCGCAUGAAACGCUUCAAAAUGGCGCAGAAGAAGGCGAUGGGCGGCUUCCUGAACCGUCCGUCUCGCGGCGGAUCGGGAAUCGGCUCGCGCCAGUCGACGGAGGGCGGCGGCGUGGGCGGCGGCGGCGGAAGUGUCGCCGGCGUGUUCGGCAACUCGUUCGGCAACCAGGACACCGUCUGCGAGCCCGUCAAUCGGUCCGCGUUGAGCGGAAGCCGCGCGCUCAGCAAUCACAUUCUGUGGAGGAGCGCGUUUCGGAGCAAUGUACGGAAAACGUUUAGAGUUUUGAAAGAAACGAGAGGUUCUGUGUAGAAUAACAAUUGUUCUGACAGUGCCAGUCAUUUUGGAAUUUCUCUUAGCAAAGAUGAUUUGAAACGGGCUUUGUUGGCGGAAAAUGUUAGGAAACAAGAUUUAUUCUUCUUUCUUAACCUAGGAAAAUUAUUUCAAAAAGCACAAUCAAUCAAUACAUUUUUUGAUUCAUAAAGCAUAGAAAUGGACUGGCUAGUAAACAAUUUGUCCGUCAGCACGACUCUAAAAACACUAAUGGGCUGUGAUAAAUCAGGCUCAAAAAAAAAGAUUGUUUUCCGUUUUUUUUCGUUUUUUUACGUCAAAAAAUCCAAUUCAGCGAUGUAAAAAAAACGGAAAACAAACAUACGCUGAAUAGCCCCUUAAAACUAUUGAAAAUCCAAACGAAUAAUCGCAUCCAAUCAGCAGUACCCGCCGAACCCAAUGCGGCCGCCGAAUCUGGGCGACUCGCGCGACUGCUGCUCCGAAUUCGACGAAGAGCUGUCGGUGACGUCGGCGUCGGACGGAUCGCACGCGGAGCCGGACUUUCGCUAUCCGUACAGCGAGCUGCUCAUCUGGGCGGUGCUCACGAAACGACAGGAGAUGGCCAUGUGCAUGUGGCAGCACGGCGAGGAGGCCAUGGCCAAGGCGCUCGUCGCCUGCAGGUAUUCAUUUUUUUUGAAAACAAAUGUUGAGACAAAUUUUUUCUGAAACCGAUUUUUUUCUUCGAAUAAUUAUAGCUAUUAAAAAAAUUUCUUGCAGAUUGUACAAAAGUCUGGCCACCGAAGCCGCAGAAGACUAUCUGGAGGUGGAGAUUUGUGAGGAGCUCAAGAAAUAUGCAGAGUUCGCUUUUUUUUCCCAUGAAACAUGUAGAAGACCUCCCGUAUUCCAGAGAAUUCCGUCUGCUCUCUCUGGAACUGCUCGACCACUGCUACCAUCAGGACGACGCGCAGACCCUCCAACUGCUGACCUACGAACUGUCGAACUGGUCGAACGAGACGUGUCUCGCGCUUGCGGUCAUCGUCAACAACAAGCACUUUCUCGCCCAUCCGUGCUGUCAAAUUCUGCUGGCGGACUUGUGGCACGGCGGUCUGCGCAUGCGAACCCAUUCGAAUCUGAAAGUGGUCGCCGGCCUCCUGUUCCCGCCGUUCAUCCAAAUGCUCGAGUUCAAAACGCGCGAAGAGCUGCUCGCUCAGCCGCAAACCGCCGCCGAACACCAGUUGGAUAUUAUGUACCAGUCGAGUUCAUCCAGUUCCUCUUCUAGCUCCUCCUCCUCCUCGUCGAGCUCGAGCGAUUCGAGCAGUUUCGAGGAGGACGACGACGAGCACCACCAUCACGAUCAGAAGCGGACGAGGAAGACGUCGCAGGGAAGUGUGCAAUCCCUCAACAUCGCCUCGCUCUUUCAUAGCCGACGGAGGAAGGCGAAGAAGAGCGAACGAGGCGAUCGGGAGACGGAUGCGAGUGCCGGAGAGGUCGGAAUCCGGCAGCAGAACGGCGCAUUGGCGGCCGAGUACGGCACUUUUGCAGGUAACACGGACAGAAUGGGUAGGAUAGAGGCAGGCGGCCUUAAUCAAUAGUCCAAUCAGGCCCCAACAUUGCAGGCUUCUUUUGUGUCCAAGUUUUAGACCGAUUAGGGCCGAAUAAUCCGAUCGGUCUGAAACUUGGUCCCAGAAUACUUCAGUCCAAGUCCAAAAAGCCUGUUUGGGAUGUGAUGGACGGACUGCAAAUGGCCUAGCCCAAACUAGCCCAAAAUCUUCGAAAUUUGACAGAAACUUUGAGUUGUCUCGGUCAAAGUCAAUAAUGGAAAAUUAUUAGAGCGGCACAAUAGAAUAGCCAAGCCCUACCUCAUUUUAAACGAAUUUUUAGGCUGGCUCUGAAAAUUGAGAGAAAAAAAAAAGAACACGUAAUGUAAUUUGCAGAAGUGAAUGGGGUCUCGCCGCCGCCGCCGUACAUGCGCAACACGAACAACGUACGCUCUCGGUACGCCAGCUACCACAACCGUUCGGACGGAAUGAGCAAGACGUCGUCGGUGGUGUUCGGCUCGAAUGCGAACAUUUCGAAGCUCGUCAAAUCGAACAUCACGUCGACGGAUCGGCCGAAUCCGAUGGAGCAGUUUCAGGGAACUGUACGUUUCGUGUAGGCAAUCAAACUGCAAUCAAACUGUUGCAAAAUAAUGUUCUAAAAAACCCAUUUGAAACGGAAAAAACACGAUAAUGUUUGCAGCGAAAACUGAAAUUCCGUCGACGCUUCUACGAGUUCUACUCGUCGCCGAUCUCGACGUUCUGGUCGUGGACGAUCAUGUUCAUCGUGUUCAUCGUCCUCUUCACCUACACUCUCUUAAUCAGAACACCGCCCGAACCGAGUGUCAUCGAGUACAUUCUCAUUGCCUACGUCGCCUCGUUCGGACUCGAACAGAUCAGAAAAGUAAUUUGAGUGAGAAAACAGGGUGCUGGACGGUGUUUAUAGUUUGUUUUGCUGUUUCUCAGUGCCAGAAUCAAAUAUUGCAGAUACUGAUGUCGGACCCGAAACCGUACGUGGAAAAAGUGAAAACGUUCUUCUUCAGCUUCUGGAACACGGUGACCACGCUCGCCAUCAUUUUCUAUAUUGUCGGCUUCUUUUUGCGAACUUUUGGGUUAGUCUUCUUGAAAAUUUACACCCGAGAACAAUAAAAUCUAGCAAUGUAGUUGUGGUUUUGAGAAACUGUAAAUUUGCGUUUUGUUUUGCAGAAGUGUGGCGUACGGACGAGUGGUGUUGGCGUGCGAUUCGGUGCUUUGGACGAUGAAAUUGUUGGACUACAUGAGUGUCCAUCCCAGACUCGGUCCCUACGUGACCAUGGCCGGCAAAAUGGUAGGUUCGCGUUGGACGGAAAUCUCCAGACGCUUCAAAUGCGUACGCUAAUUUCCGUCUAUUGUCCAAUGUUUGUUUGCAGAUCCAAAACAUGUCGUACAUAAUCGUAAUGCUCGUCGUGACGCUCCUCUCGUUCGGACUGGCGCGUCAAUCGAUCACGUAUCCGGACGAGUCGUGGCAUUGGAUUCUCGUCAGAAACAUAUUCCUCAAGCCAUAUUUCAUGCUCUACGGCGAGGUUUACGCCGACGAAAUUGACACGUGCGGAGAUGAGGGUUCGUUUUUCGUUUUGUGCAAAACUGUGGAGAUUUACAAUAUGUUUUCAGCGUGGGACCAACACUUGGAGAACGGCGGACCGGUGAUCCUCGGAAACGGCACGACGGGGCUCUCUUGUGUGCCCGGAUACUGGAUCCCGCCCCUUUUGAUGACCUUCUUCCUCCUCAUCGCCAAUAUUUUGCUCAUGAGCAUGCUCAUCGCCAUUUUCAAGUACGUGGCAUUUUUGCGAGCUCAAAAUUAGUCUUAGUGUUCCAUUUUUUCUACGAAAAAACUAUUUUGCAGUCACAUUUUCGACGCCACCGAUGAGAUGUCACAGCAAAUUUGGCUCUUUCAAAGAUAUCGACAGGUAAUUUUGAAUUCAGCAUUUCCAUUUUCUAAUUGUACUUUUUACAAAUUCACUCGAAAAAUUGUCCAACAAAUGACCAUUUUUAUCGGUUUCCGCUCGAAGUAAUUCAUGAAUUACAACAAAAAAAAGGGAGUAGAACGUUUCGUAAUUUGUCAGGUAAUGGAAUACGAGUCGACGCCGUUCCCGCCGCCGCCGUUCACAUUUCUCUACCACCUCUACAUGAUUAUUCAAUUUUUACGCAUAAAAUUGAGCACACAGACGAUGGAACGGCACCCCACUUUUGAUUUUUCGUUGAGUAAGUCGACGGCAUUUUUUUCCGGAUUUUUUUUGAGAAUUUUUCCCAAUUUUCAGAGCUAUUUUUGGACAAUGAUCAAAUCGAAAAGUUGCACGAUUUCGAAGAGGAUUGUAUGGAAGACUUGGCUCGGCAGAAGUUGAACGAGAAAAAUACGAGCAACGAGCAGCGGAUUCUCAGAGCCGAUAUCAGGUACGGCCGCAUUUUACAUUGCCGAACUCGUCAGUUCAACACCGAAUCGAUUGCAGAACCGACCAAAUUCUGAACCGUCUAAUCGACCUGCAAGCCAAGGAGACAAUGGGUCGAGACGCGAUAAACGACGUCGACGCGCGGCUCGCAUCGCUCGAAAAGACACAGCAGGAGAUUCUGGAGUGCGUGCGGGCGCUCCUCAACCAGAAUCCCUCGCAACUCGGCAUUCCGACGAUAGUCCGAUGCCAGUCGCCGUCUCCGGAAUCCGUCGGAACGCCCCUUCUGCUCAAACUGCCCGGCACCACAGAGCCGAUUGCCGAGGAGCACGACGAGGAGGAGGAACUGCCGGCGCCGAUUCGCAGGAAUCGAACGGCGACGAUUUGCGGCGGGUACAUUAGUGAGGAGAGGAGCAUGUUGCUGUUGUCGCCGAAACCGUCGGACGGCAAUCCGGGCGGAUCGGCUAAUCAGCGGCUCAUCUCGGUCGCCUCGAUGGAUCCGCUGCCGGCGCCGCACGCGAAGUUGUACGUUUUAGACAAGUUUGAAUUUUUAGUCAAACCAAUCAUGGCUACUGAAAAAGGCUAACGUUUAAAACGAUCUCCUGCAAAUAAUUGAAAGAAACAAUAUUUCAAAACGUUUUUUUUUCUGUUCGAUGAGUCGGGCUAACCUGAAUCUUUUCCGUCUAUAUAUUUCAGAAAUGAAGAUCUGUUGACACGGCAAACAUUUGUAAACAUGGUUUGUAUUUUCCGUCCGUAUGCUGACGCAGUCUGGGAUACGGAGCGUUAAAAACAGGCCCGAGCAUGUUCACAAAUGUUCGCUGUGGUUGAAAAACUGGUUACAUUUAUCAAACAAUCUAACAUAAACUAUUGUAGAUCAACAAUGUCGAUCCGUCGUCGGCACGAGGAGUACACGUCGAUCACGGACUCGAUCGCAGUGCGUCAUCCCGACCGACGCGUGCGAAAUAACCGAUCGAACAGCAGCGAACACGACGAAUCGGCGCUCGACUCGGACGGAAACGAGCCCGUCAUUCGCAGCUGCUCGCCGCGCAAACGGUCGACCAGGGACCUGAGGAUCGGCGGAACGGGCGGUCCGUCGGCCGAGGAGUCUACCAGUCGGGAGCCCAUUUACGAGACGGUAUGAUUCCUUUUCUGAGGGGAGAAUGCUUGUCCGGGCAUUUUAAAUUUUGUGAGCGCUCGCCGAGCACACUUGAAAAUGCACCCGAAGAUCUGAGAGUUUCGAAGCGUUUUGCACGGAAAUUGAGAUUUCUUUUGGAAAAAAUUGCAUGAAUUAUUGAAAAGUUCGAACGUUGUUUGCAGAGGACAUUUUGAGAAGCUUCAAAAAAUUGCAGGAUCGUCCGGAACAGGAAGAAGACGAGGAGGCGCAGGCGGACUGCGAACUGACCGACGUGAUUUCGGAAGAAGAAGACGAAGAGGAGCAGCUCGACGACGAGGAGGACGACGAUAUCGGACACGGACUGGGCGGCAGGCACAGCAAGAAAAUGACGACGGGCCGGCCGCCCGCGCACACCUUGGAGACGGAUUUGUCCGAUGCGGAGGAUGGAGAGCCGGAAGAGCCCGAAUUGAGAAUUGUGCGGGUUUGAGAAUUGUGUGGGGGGGGGGGGCUUUGAUGAACAGGCAAAGGUGAACUGUCGUCUUCACAAGCCUGAAAAUGAAGACGGAAGGCGUGGUAAAUAACGCCUGAGGUAAAAAGUUCGCCUUGAUUUCAAAAGUUUCAAUUUUUAUUGCUCGGUCUUACAGAAAAAUGUCCCUAAAAAACUCGCAAAUGGCUUUGUGAAACAAAUUAGUUUACCCCAAUUUGUUCGGCCACCCGAAAGAAUUGAGCGAUUGAGCGAUCAUCACAUGUUUUAACGCACUUCUUGAGAACAAACCUCUGAUAACAUUUUUCUGAAACUGAAUUUAAAACUGACCUUUUUUCAGCCGGUCAUCCAUCACCACGUGGUCAACGAAGAAGUAGAGGCGGCUUCUGGAGCACCUCACUCGACGCCGAUUGUCGCUUCGCCGUCGACGUCACGCGCGAAAUCGCCGAAACGAUCGAGUUCCUAA